ACUGUGGAAGUUGCCAAAUGAAGUUGGACGCUGUUUGAAAUGGCGUCAGUCACAGUCCGAGGGUGGGCUCUCUGUACCGUGUCUCUGCUAAACUUUGCGUUUGUAUUCGUAUCCGGUGUGGACUUCAUUCGGUUUAUAUCAUUUCGAGCAAUAUACCAUAACAUCACCGGAGAGACUACACUCUGCCAAGAUUCCAUACUGUGGUCGGUGGCCCUGCAGGACAGCUCUGUCCUCAGGUCUCUUGUUGUGGAUCUGGGGCUCCUGGCUCUCUUCACCACACAGCACAGUCUGCUUGCCUGGUCUCCUGUCAAACAGGCCCUCCAGUCAGUCCUAGGGGUCCUAAACAGGACGGUAUACUGCUUCACUACUGCACUGGCCCUCCAGAUCCUGAUGCGUUACUGGCAGCCCGUCACUGGCGCCCCCUGUCUGUGGUCAGUGCGUCAUGUGCCCUGGAGUAUCUGGUUCCCUCUGCUGUGCUUCAGUCUGCACUUCCUCUGCUGGGCAAUCAUCUGUAGCAUCCUCAUGAUCUUUGAUUAUCCAGAACUGCUGGGCAUCAAACAGGUGUAUUACGAGUGUCUCGGCUUGGGGGAUCCCCUUUCUCAGAACUCACCCCGUGCCCAGCGCCUCCUGUCUCACCUUCGCCACCCGGUGUGCCUGGAGCUGGGUGUGGUGCUGUGGCUCCUUCCAGCCAUGUCCCUGGACAGGCUCCUGCUGGCUGGGACUCUGUCGACCUACCUGGCUCUCGCGCACUCUCUGGACAAAGAGGAUUUAGCCUACCUCUGUGUCCAGUUCGACAGCAAGAUGCAGCUCUUUGCAGAGCCACCGCAGGGCAGCAUCAACACCACCGAGGGGGAUGACGGCAACCGCAAGGAGAAGUGAAGUGAGGUCCCUGUGAUGUGACUGACUGUAGUCUUCACAUUAAUCAGAAAUAUUGUUUUAAAAGUGACUUCAAGUCUGUGUGAUCCGCUCUGAGCCUGAGAACAAACAAACAAACCUGCUCUGGACAUUUCUGCUACUGAAAAACAACCACAUUCAAACUGAAUUCUUUGCAACAUGAGCCUGGAUUUCUUUAAUUAUCCUUUUUACUGCUUAUGUGGUUUAAGUAAGGAAGAGUUUUAUUCUACCAUAUGAAAACAUAACACUUCCCCCACUAAGGAGGGCGUAUUAAUGUUUCCAAGGGGUGCUUGGUAUUCAAGUAAAUUGUUUUAAUGUUGGGGAAACUGAGAUUUUGAGGACUUAUGAAAUAUUUAAGUUGAUCUUCUGUUAAAAUUUAUGACAAAGAAUUUGUCCAUUAUUUUGUCAUAUUUUAUACAGCCUGACCACUGACGCUGACCAGGUUUUAACAUAAAAACAUGCAGAACGAGGAUGUACAGUACAAAUGAAAGCAAAAUGCAACACUCUUCAUUUUCCAAGGAAACAAACUUAGGGUACAAAUCGUGAUGUACACAAAGACUUGGACAUUAACUGAAAAGACUAAAUGGCUACAGUGAAAACAUCAGAUCUAUGUGGAGCGAGACUUAGCAAUCUUUAAAUUAAUACAUGAAACAACCAGAAAUGCCACAUUUCUGUCAUGUUUUCCAUCACUUUGUGUGUGACUGAUGCUCUUUUAAUCCCUUGAUCUUGUUGUGGCUUCUUCUGUGGUGGUUUAGUGGCACAUGACCACAGAAUCAACACCACCAGCUGGUUCCCUCAAUGAAUGAACUCCUAAUAUUUGCAGUGGAUGAUACACAUAAACUGACACCAAUUUAUCUACAGUGAGAUUAUGUUAGCAGCUCUAUUUUGCAGUGAAACCCUCUUUUUAUUCAUCUUGAUCUGCAACACUACAGUAUAUUAUUUAUAAGCUGUUACCUUCUAUGUGCCAAGUACCUUCACAUUGUAUCUCUCUGUAUACUAUUAAAUUUCACUGUCCUUGGAAAAUAAUGUAUUACUGAGAUUUUACACUGGCAAAGGCACAAAAUGCAGCUUUAUUUUUUUCACAGCAGCUAUAAUGAAAAAAGUGUCAUGGUAUUUCUGAGAUUAUGAACGUAGUUACUCUCUUACUCAUGUUGGGGGUGCAUCUACAGUAAUGUUAGACUGAAUGUAAACCACUUAAGUUAAACAAACUGUGUUUGGUAUUUCCCAGUUCAUGUUCUGUUAAGUCGUCUUAACAAGUGGCUGUAAUUUCCUAAAAAUGUCAUUAAUUUUCACACUGUAAUCUUUCAUUUACAGUAUGCUGGUUUCCAAAGUCUGCAUUGCUGCCUCAUUCUAAAUCUUUGAGUAUUUUCAUCAUUAAACACAUUUCUGUGCUCUUUAGG